CUAUCUUAUGCAGUCACUGCCUGUCUGUGCAAGGGUAGACAUGUGAGCAUGAUAGUGAGACAGGCAUGGAGAGGGUAAAGAUAUCCUCCUGCAGACAGGACCAGGAUAUCCUCAGAGGAUCCUUCUAUAGAGAGAAGGAGUCCCUGAGGGGACCCUAUCCUAAGGAUAAGGACUCCUUGAGAGAAUUCAUUGUGACGGAGCAAGACACGUUAAGAGAUCCGUACUUAAAGGACCAGGAUACAUUGAAAGUGUCAAAGUGCGGGUGUGUACCCCAGAUAAGUUUAGUUUACGAGGAUGUAGGGAAGGGUGUCCCCAGAUGGACCAAGAGAAUACCGUUGUUAGGCCCACUGUGGUGUGUAUCAGGAGCUACAGGAACUAAAGUGAGGAGAAGGGAUAACGCAGUAUACAGGAGCAAUAGUUUCAAGUAUGAAAGAAAAAGCCCAAACAUUGGACUACGGUUAAAAACCUUGGAUAAACCUCAACAACAACUUCAACUACAACAGCAUCAGCUUAACCAACUUAAAGAUGUUAAACUCAGAAAACCAGUUCAACCAGCUCAACCUGAACUUCAACAGGAUCUACGUAUAAACCUGAACUACAGUGAUCCCCAGGAUGCAGCAGAACUAAAUGGAAACUUCAACCAGGGAUUCCAGCAGGACGAGGAGAGUGUACCGCUCACCAAGGUUCGGGUUGGCGGGGAAAUUUACUACUGCAGACCCUACCAACCCUUCCAUACUCAACUCAGAUAUAAUUUCUCAGACCUACUGGAGAGUGGAGUAGACAAUGAAAGUGAAUAUGAAGAGAUGCCGAGUAGUCCAUCUAGGAACAAUAACAGUCGGGAGCAUGAUUGUUCAGCCUGUGUUACCGUCAUCUCUGUUUGUCCUUCACCCGCUAGGGCGGGGCACUGCUCCUCCGCCUCCUGUAAUCAGAAGGUCGUCGUUGAUCCAUCAGUUCCUUGUACAUACAAAGGAAAACCAAACUCUGCUAAACCUAUCUGGACGGAGCCUCCGUACGAAAAUCUAUACUUUCAUAAAGUGACAAUAAACGUACCGGACAAGAACGGAGACGACUCCGGUGAAAAACAAAGAAAUAUUCAGAGAAACCCUCCUCUGAAGAAAAGUAAAGUUCCUUUAAAAUAUCAGGGCAUUAAACGUGUAAAAUCCCGAAACCGGUCGGAGGAUCAGCAUGAGAAAACAGGAUACUCGCAGAAGGAGGUUUGGAAUUGGCUGUAUCUGGAGGAGUCUGGAGAGACAGGAUUGGAACCGUCCCAUCCUUGUGUUGAUCCAAACGGGGCCUGUGUUAAUUCCACAUAUUCAUGUGUAGAUACUUCUUUAACAUGUACGGACCCUUAUAGUGAUUACUACAGUCCUGGUACUACAGAUAAGAGCGUCUCUAUCCAAUUUUCUCCGACGGAGUUUCUCUCCGCAACCACCAGAUUAGCUCACCUGGAUCUAGAGGGAUUCGAGAGAUUUGUCGGAAACACGUUCGACAGAGCGCUGGCCGGAGCCCGGGGAGGAAGAACUAAAUCCUCGGAUUUGAUAGAAUCCUCCUCAGCGGAGGAAUCAAAUUCUCUGGAAGGAUUAGUUGUAUUGGAACCAUCCUCCUUAGAUUCAUCCCCGACCUCACAAUGUGAGCGUGACACGGAUACAUACGUUUGGAGAGAUUCGUGCAGGGUUCGAGCAGUAUGUGAAUCCUGUCUGAAGAGCGGAGUAAGUUCGUGUAGUUCUGCUCUAUCUAGUCUAGAGUCAGGGGGGAGCAGGGAAACCAAUACUAGCAGGGAUACAACUACUAGCAGAGAUAGUGAUCAGGGUAGUGAGAUGAGUAGGAGAGAAACUACUCGGGUUCGGGAGAAAGGGCUGAGUAAGGACGGAAAUAGAGAGAAAGUAUCUUUGCAGUCUCAAGAGCACUACAUUAAAAUGACCGGAAAAACCCGGAGUCAUCUCUCCAAGUUCUCAACCAGUAAUCCUCACUUCUCAUCUAAACCUUAUCAAACCCUGGAGGUUAACGUACAAGAAAAAUGUGGCAGUAUUCCUGGAGGGAUACCAUUAGAGAUAUCAAGAAAUGAUUUAGAACUUGUGGAUCCUUCAAUACAACUACAUCAACAAGAAUGGUAUCACGGAAACGUGAGCAGGACUGAGGCUGAGUCUGCUCUAAGACUUGAACCUCCAGGAUCGUAUCUCGUCAGAAACUGUGAAUCUGCGAAUAAGGAUUAUUCCCUUUCCCUCAAGAGCAGGCAUGGGUUUAUGCAUAUGCGUAUACAGCAGACGAAUGGAAACCAAUAUAUCCUAGGACAGUUUAGUCGUCCCUUCACUAGUAUACCACAUAUGAUUAACUACUACACCAUCAAUCGUCUUCCCAUCAAAGGAGCCGAGCAUGUUAGUCUCAAGAAACCUUUAUGUGAGCAACUACUAUGAUAGAAGACUUUCUCCAGUAGCUGCGGGACUGCUCAAAAAACUGAUUCUAUUAAGCCUGAAAAAAAGCUUCUGAUCAGCUGUUUAAAAGGAGCAGUUGAGUGAGACUGCUCUAAAAUGUAAUCUGUAAUGAAGCUUUGAGGAGAGUUAUUCCCAGGAACCUGAAUACUUAAAGAACCUUUUAAACUUGCAGUGGUCGGUUCAUAAAUUAGAAAUAUUACCCGUCAUUCUCAAAUAGUAUUCUGGGUUGAGGAAGACCAGGUUUCAAAACAAUUUACAAAAGUUCCGUGAGUGGAAUAUAUAUAGUGAGAACUAGUAUAGUACUGUGAGAUGAUACUGGCUGAUGAAUUUUAUAUUUACUCCUAGUCAUGUAGACAAGUCAUUUUCUGGCAGUUGAAACCAACCCGCUCCUACAUCAUCCAUACCCAUCUCUUAUACUCAUCCAUACCCAUCUCCUAUACUCAUCCAUACCCAUCCACUGUACUCAUUCAUACCCAUAUCCUAUACUCAUCCAUACCCAUCUCUUAUACUCAUCCAUACCCAUCUCCUAUACUUAUCCAUACCCAUCUCCUAUACUCAUCCAUACCCAUCUCCUAUACUGAUCCAUACCCAUCUUCUAUACUCAUCCAUACCCAUAUCCUAUACUCAUCCAUACCCAUCUUCUAUACUCAUCCAUACCCAUCUCCUAUACUGAUCCAUACCCAUCUUCUAUACUCAUCCAUACCCAUAUCCUAUACUCAUCCAGACCCAUAUCCUAUACUUAUCCAUACCCAUAUCCUAUACUCAUCCAUAUCCAUCUUCUAUACUCAUCCAUACCCAUUUCCUAUACUGAUCCAUACCCAUCUUCUAUACUAAUCUAAACCCAUAUCCUAUACUUAUCCAGACCCAUAUCCUAUACUUAUCCAUACCCAUCUCAUAUACUGAUCCAUACCCAUCUCAUAUACCCUUCUUCUUUACUCAUCAUUACUUCCAUUUUCAUCAUACAUUCCACCCUAUACCUAACCUAGUCCUUAUUCCUCCCAAAUUCAAGAUAUUUCAUCCUGGCAAAGAAUAAACUCUACUCGUGCAUUUUCUGCCAAUAAUCUAACCGUGCCCAGUUUCCAAUACACAUGUGCCAUUAUAUAUACAGAGGUUGUCAACGUAAUUUAUUUUGACUUUUUCAUGAUUAAACUGAUAAAAAACGUUUUACAAGUGAACAAACAAACAAACAAAACUUGUAUGAUCUUUCUCAAAAUAACGUUUGAAUUAUUUUACUAUCCCUCUUCAUCAAUUUAGAGUCAUUAAAAAUUAUGCUGAGAAUACUUUUAAGGUUCAAAUAUCGAGGAAGAAUCGGCCCCUUUUGAGACAUACAAAAUUUUCACAUUUUUUCGAUGGAUUAGAUUUAUACUUUCAAUAUUUUAAAUUAAAUCUAGUUCUAAUUUAUAUAGUUUUGACUCCGUUCCUGUAUUAACAGGUAGAAUUGAAUGAAGGUGGAGAAAGAUAAACCUUGCUCCGGGGUUAUAAAGACCCUAAAAUUUAAAAAUUAAAUCUUCUCACAUCUGACCAUCAUCUGUCCCAGCCUUCACUCAACAAAUUGAAUAAAAUACAAUUAGUUUCUAUCUCAGGGAUUCAUGUCUCGAUAUUUGAAUCCUUUCAACAUAGUUUAAACAGAUAGGACGAGAACAGCUCUAUAGUUCUUUCACAUUCACCAACCCAUACUAGGGAAAUAUUUAGGAAAGCAAUUUAGUCUUUGCCACAAACUAAAAAUUUUUUAAUCUUUAUAUCUUUUCAACCUGAUAUUAGAUUAUUUGAUUUUACAGAAUUCAUAUUUUCAAAUAUCCAAGGUCUUCGACAUUAAAAUUUGUGGCAACGACCUAAUCUCUUUGCGUAUAAAUCUUUAGAAUUUGAACCAGUACAGUAACAUGUAAAUCGUCCGAUCUGUUUAAUCUAUGUGCCUUUCACCCCCGAACGGGAAUUUAAUAAUUCAUAAAUGACGCCAUAAAUAUUUAUUAAUUCCUGUUCGUAUUUGUACCUGAAUCUCUGUGAUAAAAUCUCGACAUAAAGAGUUUCCUUUUCUUUGUGUGUUGAUCAUGAUAUAUGCUUAGAAUUUGCAUCAUGUGUGCAAAUAUUUGUAUCUGUCAUUUUAUGCAUAAUGAGUAGAAUUUGCAAUAUUUUCCAGAUUAAAACAGUGUAAUUGAUCAAAUUAAGCGCAAAGAACUUCGAACCCAAUAAUAAAAACAAUAUUUGCUAAAAAUUAAGAGAUUGGUUUUUGUAACAAAAUGUCUUUUUUUUACAAAGAAAAGACACACAACAAAUAUGUUUAUCCAAUCAGCAUGUCUGAUUUUUCCUACUACAUUUAAAACAUAUUUUCAAAACGUUUAUUUCUCGGUAGUUUAAUGAUAAUGUGAACUGUAAAUCUGCAUUAGGUUUACUUCAUAUUUCUGUCAGUUAGUUUACGAUAUUUAUAUUAAAUAUAAUU